CUGGCUGUUCUCCGCUGUGCCUUUCAGCUCCUCUCUCACUGUAGAAAGAGGCGUGUCCAUGGACCAGUAUAAAGUCCAAGGAGAGCCACUCGUGUUUAGCCAUUCUCAGGAUCGAGUCCUUUGCACUGCGCACCAGCAAGAGGAGGAAACUGCAGCUGUUACUUAAAACACGGUCUUUUGAUGACCUGCUUUGCCUUUGGACACUUGUAGACCAGAUUUUUUUGGUGCUUCAUUAGAGGGCGGGCGAGCCUGUGGACUCAAACUUGAAGAGAGAGCAAGACUCACCUGAACACAGUGGUGGAUAUCCUUCCUGCAACUGUUCAUUCCAACACAACAAAAACUAGUUCUUAUCACCACUACAUUUGCCAGCCGAUCACGAGAUCACGAGCAGGCUCCAGUUUCUGCGCUGUGAAAUUGAAUCAGAGGAACGGAGAGGCAAUACAGCAGAGGCAUUGUGUCCCUGCAAUUGAAACACUAACCAGCUGAAAAUAUCAAAGACCGUCUGGGACAAAGCUUUCCUCUCUUGUUGGUAUAAGAUCUGCUGUUGAAGUAGAAAGUGAUCAAAAGCCGCACAACACUCAAGAGAGGAGAGGGGAAGCAAAGGGGAUCAUACACGAGGGCAAAGGAUUGCGUGCAGGUGCCGGGGCUGCCAUGGUGCGUGGAGGUGGUGUGGCAGUAGCUCCCUCCUGCUGGGGCCUUUGGGCGUUUGGCACCCUGACGCUGGUGGUGCUGUGCUUAUCGGACCAGGCCAUCCGCUGCCCGGUGUGCUCCGAGGAGAGGCUGGCCAGCUGCCAUCUGCCGGAAGGUUGCGAGGAGACGGUGCGGGAGCCCGGCUGCGGCUGCUGCCCCACCUGCGCCCUGCCUAAGGGGACUCAUUGCGGCGUCUACUCUCCCCGAUGUGGCACGGGCCUCCGCUGCUACCCGCCGCGCGGCGUGGAGAGGCCACUGCACUCACUGAUGCACGGUCAGGGGGUGUGCACCGAUGAGAGAGAGGUGGAGGAGAACUCAGCGAUGGACAGGCAGGAUGAGAUCAUCCCUGAGCACCCAAACAACAGCAAUAUCCGAUGCAGCCCACAAGAUAAGCGCUGCAUACAGAAGACCCUGGCCCGACACCCUUCGAAAUCCACAAAUCAGAGAAGCAACACGGCCAGGGAGGAGACCAAGGCGGCGCUGGCUCCAUGUCGUGCUGAGCUACAGCGAGCGCUGGACAGACUGGCAUCAAACACCCGCACACAUGAUGAUCUCUUCACAAUCCCUAUACCCAACUGUGACAAGAACGGAGAUUUCCAUGCUAAACAGUGCCAUCCCGCACGUGAUGGUCAGCGGGGAAAGUGCUGGUGUGUGGACCAGAAGACGGGCAUGAGGCUGCCGGGGCCUCUGGAGCUGCGAGGGGAUCUAGACUGCCACCAGUUAAUGACUGCUACCCUGAGGGAUUGAGGAGUGAGGAGUAGCGGUGGGGGUGCAGGAGCAGCUGAAUUCUACUGGUGCUUAUUAGUAGAACUACAUGAGGAAAGGACUUUGCCCUAAAGCCUCGCUUCACCUGAGGCCAACGGUACUUGAGCUUGCGCAACAAAAAGGAAACCAUUGAAUUGAGUUCUUUUGCUAUUUUGUUUCUGUGUGUGAGAGUAUGUGAUCUUUUGAGCACUUGUUGUGUAUUGUUUCUAUUAUGUGAACUUAAGGCAGAUAGUCUUAAGACACAUGCGCUUUAAAGUAACAGGUGGCGGAAAAAAAACCCUUCCACAGAUAACAGUUGUAGUUGUCUUUGUUAGAGAGCAAAUGUGUGGUUUUCUAUAGUCUAACUUUAGUGGAAUAGUCUUGAAAAGUAAGAACAUGCACCAGCCCCACCAGAAAAUCAGGCCUGAGAUACAAAAGGAGCUGUUAGCAUUUGUUUUCUUACUCCUGGAGCAUUAGAUCAGUUGAAUUACAGCAGAAUUAUCAGAUCUGAUACCCAAGCUAAAUCAGAAUUACUGCAAAAGGACAAUCCAGAAAGAUUAGGAUUGCGUACUAGUUUUUCACACAAUGUGUGUAAUUGGUUGUAACGUAUGGCUCUGUCCUAUAUGUCAUAAACCCCACCCAUCUGGUAAGUCGGUUCAUAUAAACCAUAAAACAUGUUUGCAAACAUGAAGUCUAGUUCAGUGACAACAAACGUAGUGGUAUCAAUAAAAGAUGGGAUGAGAACAACUGAUGAAAUUAAAAAAAUAAACAGGGGUAACAAAGAAUGUGCAACAAUCCUUGAGUUACCAAAUGAUAAGCCAUAGCUUUUCACAACAUCAAGAGCUAAGUGAAAAGUCAGUUUAGUUUGUCAUUAUAAAAAAUGUAUCUGUGAAAGGCCAGAAUAGAUUUGCUUCAUCACCACAUGGUUAACUCUGCAUCCUCUUCUCUUUGCAACAGGCUCUUUCUAGCAUCGUGGUCCAGAAGGACUGGAAGCGUAGCUGGGCUAGAAACUCUGUACAAUACUGAUAGGAUAAUCUUAUUUUUCCAGCUGGUGCUAAGAUGCCAGUGUUACUCUCGUGUUUGUGUGAAUAUGCUUCAAGAUACAGGAUUUCUCUCCAAACAGACUGCUUGGCAGAACUUCGGUGGUGCUAUAUACUGUGCCAAAAAACACACAAAAAAAAUGGCUUCUGCACUUUUUGGGCAUUAUUUAGGAUUGGAACAGAAGACUGGGAUUUUCAGGAAGUGGAGCAAUUAGCAUCAGCAAGUGUGAGGAUCAUCUAAAUGUGGGACUAUCUGCACUAGCUAUUGAUAAAGGCUUUCCAUGUGUGUUUUCAAUGUUGUUGUUAACAUAUAAAAGUAUCACUGAAGCUAACUGGCUGAAUGUUCCACUGGCCAGUGUUGUAAAGCUCAAGUGUGAUGUGUUUCAAAAGCAGAGUGUAAUACAUUUCAAUGAUUAAGCUCCUGGCAUCAUAGCAGCUUUUACUUAACAUAUAGUUUUGAAUGGAGGACUCUGAGGUAGCAGUAAAGAUAGCGUAAUGAUUAUGUGGAAACCAGAAUGUCCUCGGUUAAUUUGACAACGCUAGUUUUCAGUUUUCAUAUUGUCUUUAGAGCAUCAAGCUAAACAUUAAAGGAUUAUAUUACCAGCCUUAAGUGACAUGAGCUACUCAUCAAAUACUUUAGAUACUGGAGGCGAGGCUGGUAUUAUUCUUAAAGCUAUUUGAUUGUUCUGGUGUUGUGCAUUAGGAGUUCAGGGCAGAGUAUCAGGUUUAAGCUAAUGCUGGUGUUUGUCACCACCAGAUAUGGACAGCCUGCUCUAUCUGUUCCAUGGGAAACGCUGGUUAUUAUUGACUCAAGCAAAAAUUGAUGUUGUGCAGGUGGACAGUCAUUACAGGUGUUGGUGUCACUUGAGUUCACAUGAGGGACAAAGAUGGUCCGGAGGGAGAGUCAGGUCAUUCCCACACAGAACCACAUAAAUGUCAACCAAAUGACUGGUGUGUAGAUUAAAGUGCAGAAAUA